GGGGCUUUGUUUCUGGGGAGGAGGACCCGGAGGUCUUUUGUUUGGGGGUUUGGUGUUUUCACCACCACCCCCCCCAGCCCCCACCACUCGCGCCUCUCCGGUUUCCUGAGCUCGGUGCUGGAAAGGAGGAGAAGCGGCGUCUUGCAACCCCCUCGGCUGGGCCCCGGGGUAAUUCGAUGCGGGCCUGGCGAGGCUCCCCACGCUAGACCCGGGCUCGCGUCUCGGCUGCCUCCACCCACCGGCCCACCCUACAUUUAGCGCAUCAUGUGAUCCGGGAUCAAUGUGACUCUAGAAACAAAUGGAUGAAUGAAUAUCCUUAUGAAAAGGAAAACAAUAAAGAAUAUCAACACCUUUGAGAACAGAAUGUUAAUGCUUGAUGGGAUGCCGGCAGUUAGAGUCAAGACAGAGCUGUUGGAAUCUGAACAAGGGUCUCCAAACGUCCACAACUAUCCCGAUAUGGAAGCUGUCCCCCUGUUGCUAAAUAAUGUGAAAGGGGAGCCCCCAGAGGACUCGUUAUCCGUAGAUCACUUCCAGACACAAACUGAGCCAGUGGACUUGUCAAUAAACAAAGCCAGGACAUCCCCUACAGCCGUUUCAUCCUCCCCAGUUUCCAUGACAGCAUCUGCCUCCUCACCUUCUUCUACUUCAACCUCGUCAUCGUCUUGUAGUCGUCCAGCCUCAUCCCCAACUGUUAUAACAUCGGUAUCUUCAGCAUCAUCCUCGUCAACAGUAUUAACGCCAGGGCCCCUUGUUGCCUCUGCAUCUGGUGUGGGAGGCCAGCAGUUUUUGCACAUUAUCCAUCCUGUACCACCUUCAAGCCCCAUGAACUUACAGUCUAACAAACUGAGUCACGUUCACCGCAUCCCCGUGGUGGUCCAGUCGGUGCCUGUUGUCUAUACAGCUGUACGGUCACCUGGAAAUGUGAACAACACUAUUGUAGUGCCGCUUUUGGAGGAUGGGAGAAGCCAUGGCAAAGCACAAAUGGACCCUCGUGGCUUAUCUCCCAGACAAAGUAAAAGUGACAGUGAUGAUGACGACCUGCCAAAUGUGACCUUAGAUAGCGUUAAUGAAACUGGAUCUACAGCCCUUUCCAUAGCCAGAGCAGUACAAGAAGUACAUCCGUCCCCAGUAUCAAGGGUCCGUGGAAAUCGAAUGAAUAAUGAGAAGUUUGCUUGUUCAAUUUCACCAUUUAGUAUUGAGAGCACAAGACGCCAGAGACGGUCUGAAUCUCCAGACUCCAGAAAACGGCGUAUCCACAGAUGUGACUUUGAGGGAUGCAACAAAGUAUAUACAAAAAGUUCUCACCUGAAGGCUCAUCGGAGGACACAUACAGGAGAGAAACCCUACAAGUGUACCUGGGAAGGCUGUACCUGGAAGUUUGCACGUUCGGAUGAACUGACACGGCAUUACCGCAAACACACGGGAGUGAAGCCAUUCAAGUGUGCGGACUGCGAUCGAAGCUUUUCCCGGUCAGAUCAUUUGGCGCUGCACCGCCGGAGGCAUAUGCUGGUGUGAGGAUCGCUACCUGUCCAGCUGAGCGUAAGAGCUGGAUCUCUUAGUGGCACCUGAUUCAGCAGGGCUGGAUCCCCUUCACAGUGUUAACACAAAAAGGCAUCAUCAUCCCACGAUGUCUGAAACCAGAGCAGGAAAUGAAGUAGCACUUCUCCUUUUGGUCUGAAGGUAACCCCAUCAUGAGUACCCGAGAACCGUCUUCACGCUGGCCUGGGAGAUCAGUGGCGUAAAUGCUGAGGAGACAGGCAUUGUUUUCCAUGCUGUGUACUCUGCCAUUUAAA